AUGUCUAAUUUUACUGGACAAGGAAAAGAAGACGUCAUUAAAACCUCAAAGGACAACAAGGUUCCUAGUACUAAAGCAAAUGUUGUAGAGCAUCCAACAAAAGAAGCUAUUGAGAUCUCACCCCUUCAAAUCGUAUUUCUAGAAACUGGUAAAGGUAAUGCUUCUAAAACAUUUGAACCUUCUAAAGUAAAUAUUACUACAAUUGUGUCUAAAAAUGUUACUGAAACUGCUAAGCUUAGAAUCAAGGCUCAAGAUGUUUAUUCAAACAACCUGGAUCAACCCCUAGAAUCAAUGCAUGCCUGUGACAAACCCCCGAUAAAUUUGUGGAAACUAAUACUGAAAAAUUGGAAUGGUGAGGAUGGUAAUGAUGGAACUAGUUCAGAAGUAAUUCCUAAAAAUGGUGAGGAAGUCUAUCACGAAGAAGAGCAUGAAACAGAAAAAGAAUUCCUCAUGGAAGAAGAAGUCCAAGAGAAAGAUAUUAAUGUGAUCCCAUAA